AUGAGCAGCUUCAAUGACUCCUCUGAUUAUACUAACAACGCUUCCACGCUUAACUCGGAUGUCACCUAUGAUAGAGAAUCGGCUGAUGCCUCUAGUUAUACAGAAGAUCGAACCUCCAGAUCGCCAUCACGGAAGAGUACUUCAGAUAAUGAUUUUACAUCUGGGUCAAUCUCCAAUGGUGCUGAUGGUUUGGUAAAUGAUGACUCUUACUUGAGUGGUUAUGAUUCUAGAACCUAUGAUUCUAGAACUUAUGAUUCUAGAACCUACGAUACAAGAACAUAUGAUACGAGAACAUAUGAUAGUUAUACAUAUGAGGAUUCAUCAGUUCCACAGUCACCACGUUCUGAUGAAUUAAGUUCUACAUUUGCAAGCUUUUAUUUAGAAAGUGAUACGUUUCGAAAGAUUAGAUCCACUAUUUCUUUUCUACGUAAACCUCUAAUCUUUUUUUCUUUAGCAAUACCAGGUACUGGUGGAAUUGGAGCUAUAUGUCGUGUAGUUCAUGCUGUUACCGUAGGUGCUGUUCAGCGACGGUCAAGUAUGACACCUAAAACUUUUCAUAAUCCAUAUGAACUCCCUGAUGGAUAUAUGCGUUUUCCUCCAUGGAUGCAGAAUUUUAGACUUUCACUUCCUCCGUUGGUAGAAAACAUUGUUAAAAAGAUGCUAAACAACGCUGGAGUUCCAGCCCUCACAGAUCUACAAAGGGAACGUUGGGCAAAAGCAAUGGAAGAGUUAAGACGAGCAGGUGGGGAAGUUGUUUCUCAUACAACUCAAGUAACAUCAGGUCCUAUGGUACCAUUAGUUGUUUUUCUUCCAUUAUUUUCCUUUGUUGUGAUUUCUGUGGCUCGCCAUAUAGUUGCACGUCGUCAAGCUUUAGCAGAAGAUGAAGAGGAUGAAGAAGAAAAUAUGUUACAUAUGGAUGAUUUAGACAUAUUUGGAUCUACCGAAAUUGAAGGUUUGCCCCUUUUACGUAGUGUGGAUGAUUCUCAUAGUGUUAUUAAAAAUACAACAGCUGCUCUUGCCGCUAUUACGGCUUAUGAAGAGGGACCUAAUGGUAACCAUAAUCAUCUCCAUGAUAAUCUUAACAGUCCUUCUAAUAAUGAUGAUCAUCAUUCUAGUGUGAGUGGACUUCCCCCGCGUCCAGCCACACUAGCUCCAUCGGAGAGCCCUACGAAUCCACACACUGUACCAAAUUCUCGGGAUCUUUCCCCUGUUUCUUCCAUACAUGAAGAGAUAUCUACAUUCGAAGACGUACCCAAUGGAAAGGGAACCGCAACAACAACAACAAAACCAGCAACACCAGGAACAGGAACAUCUAUAGAAACAGGCGUAGGAAUUCCAGUAACACCAAUUCAAAUGGUUCGUACGGCACCUUAUGCAUUGAAAGGGGAUGUAGUGGCGGCUGUUGUAGGUGAGCCAGCGGCGAAGGAAGUGAAUGUACUUUUAGUAGCGGCUGCGAGAUAUAACUGCAGACGAGUGGUGUUGCCUAAAUCUGUUCCGUCCUCUUUGUUGGUGUCUGUCCCACCGUCCUUGUCUGUUGAACGGGUGGGAGAUGUGAUGGAAUAUGUGAUGAGUGUAGAAGAACCCCGUGGACUCACAACUGUUGGUGUUUUUCACCGUCCUGUUACUGACGAUACGGUGGAUCUUUCUCUCUUUACACAUCCAAGCUCAGCCGUGUAUGUUUUUGUACCUUCAGGUGAUGUGGGUGAGAUGGUGGUUUCACACUUGGUGGAACGUUGUAUUUACUCAUCCCCUUCUUUAGAUGAACCAAUCCCAGCUAAUGCGUGUUUCUAUGAUCGUUCGGUUAAAGAGCGAGCCAGUGGGUCCACAUCAAACAAUAAUGGCAUCAUAUCAUAA